AUCCACAUUGAUUUGAGAUUCUCAGGUUCUGUAUACAUUACUUUCAGCUGCAUUAAGCCCAGGCACAGCCCCAGCUUUUGCUCUGAAAACCCUGGAAACACCUUGAAAUCAUCUCAGUUCACGGUGAGAACUUGCUCAUUUUGGGGAUUUUGGGUUUAGCUUUAAACAAUUUUGGCCCUGCCUUACUCAUAUUUCCUGAGCAGCUGCAAGGAAGAUCCCAUAAUCAAACAAACAGAAGCAAAAGACAUGUAUUGAAGUGAAAUGAAGAAAUUACAGGGUUCAGCAGUAAAGCAAGCCUCAACACAAAUAUCACAUGAGGCACAAAGUGAUCAACAAAAUAGCACAUCUGAGGGUCCAGUAGUGGAUUCAGGUUCAGUAUCCAGUUCAAACAACGAGACCAGGAAAGUUUCACAUCAAGAUAUUGAAUUUGUCCAGAAUUUGAUAGAACGGUGUCUACAGUUGUACAUGAACAGAGAUGAGGUUGUAAAAACCCUUUCGACUCGGGCAAGAAUAGAGCCUGGAUUUACAACCUUGGUAUGGCAUAAACUGGAAGAAGAAAAUGCUGACUUUUUCAAGGCCUACAACAUAAGGCUAGAGUUGAAGAGGCAAAUUAUUGUGUUCAAUCAAUUACUUGAACAUCAGUACUAUCUGAUGAACCACCCAGUACCUCCAAAUGUUCCACUGGCUCCCAUACAGAAUGGGAUUCAUCACAUGCCUGUUAACAAUUUGCCUAUGGGAUACCCUGUUCUGCAGCAGCCUCCUCUUCCAGCUACACAUAUCAACUCCAUGAGCUGCAGUAUGUCUUCUUCCCGUGUGGUAAAGGGGAUCCCUGCAUCAGGAAAUUUCCAUCCUAUUCAAAUGAAUGCUGCGAAUGAUGUGCUACUUGACAGAACUGCAUCUGAUCCGGUACCCGGUAUUCCUACUGCUGGAGUUAAGUCAGAGGUGGCUUCGAGUCCUCCAUCAGUGGCAUCCAAUGGCCAUUUUUCUUUUGCUCCAGAGAUAUCAGGAAUGAGUGUGGAUGCAUCCACCCUUCACUCAACAUUUACAUCUGAUGUGUCAAGUUCAGAAGGACUGCAACUGGGGCCAGAUGGUGGGACUGGAAAUCCGAGGGAAUCAUUCUUGUCAUUAGCUCAUAUUCCAUGGAGUUUUAGCCUUACAGAUCUAACUGUGGACUUGCCAAACUUGGAAGAUAUUGGAGCACUGGGAAACUAUUCUGGUUCCCCCUUUCUACAAUCAGAUAUUUUGCUUGAUUCUCCUGAACAAAAUGAUAUAGUUGAGGAGUUCUUCGUGGACAACGUCCCUGGUCCAGACUCUCAAUCAGAUGAAGAGAAAAAACCUUAACAAAGGUGUGGCCUUCCGUACUUAUGCACCUUUUGGUUGUUAGGGGUGAUAAGAGGCCAGUAAAGGUGUUACCACUGGAAUGGUUUUUCAGGAUUUUCGCCAAACGUACGAUAUUUAUUAAUGUGUUUUAAUUUUUUAUUUAUAUUUCAUCUCAAUCAUCUUUUUAU